GUAUGGUAUCCCUUAUCAAAAACACUUGCUGAAAAAGCUUCUUGGGAAUUUGCCAAGGAAGAAGAUUUGGAUAUUGUUGUGGUGAAUCCAGGAACUGUAAUGGGUCCCAUGCUCCCACCAACUCUUAAUGCCAGCAUGCUCAUGAUUCUUCGUCUUCUUCAAGGCUGCACCGCUACAUAUGAAGAUUUCUUUAUGGGACUAGUCCAUGUCAAGGAUGUGGCGUUAGCUCAUAUUCUUGCUUAUGAAAACAAUUCAGCAAAAGGAAGGCACUUGUGUGUUGAAGCCAUAACUCACUAUGGUGACUUUGCCGCUAAGGUUGCAGAGCUUUACCCUGAAUAUAACAUUCCUCGGUUGCCAAAAGAUACUCAACCUGGACUAUUAAGGGCCAAGGAUGGAGGUAAGAAGUUGAUGGAUUUGGGACUACAAUUUAUUGACAUGGAGCAAAUAAUUAGGGACUCUGUUGAGAGUUUGAAGAUCAAGGGCUUUAUUUCUUAAAUGUCCAUAGCUGGAACUACAGUGGCAUCUUCGAUCAACUUGUACUAGCUGUAAGGAAAUAAAACUAUUUGUAAUUUGACCUUUUCAUAUGACGUGAUUUGUCAUUUCAAGUCAACAUCUUGAAAUAAAACAAGAAAGUCACAAUUUGAAUCUAAGCUUUCUAAAUAAAUAAUAAGGGAAAUUACAAGUAAGUUAAUACAAAAUUAGCCAAUUUGUUAAA